AUGAAAUAUAUAAGUUUAAUAAACUCUAUAAUUAUAUUUUCUUUUAUUAUUUAUCAAGUUAGCUGUAUUAGAAGUGGAAUAUUUGGACAAAUUCUUUCGAGUUCAAAAGAUGCUCUAAAUAUGAUCAAGCAAUUAGGGAGCAGUGAUAGUAACAAGCAAAAUGAACAAUCUCAACAAACUAAAGCAACAAAAAAUGCAACUGUAACUAUUGAUCAAUUAAAUCAAGAAAUUGGGAACAGUCUUGUAAAGAAUUCAAACUCUUUAGGGUUUGGAUCUUUAAUUAUUCCAACAAAUCCAUACAUGUCCCUUGACUAUAGAGCUUGUGAUUAUAGCAAAUGUAUAUCUAUACUUAACCAAAAAGAUACAUGGUUUCCAUCAAAAAUAAUGACAGAUAUUCAGAAAGAGAUGGAAACGCUUCAUUUAACUUUACCUCAGGGAAUAGUUUUUUCACUUCCUUCAACUGAAGUUAUUGCUAUGAAUACACUCCUACAAGUAUGUGUAUCUUUUUUUCUAGGACAAAUAAAUAAUGGGAAUUUAAGAUUAAAUAAGAAAGUUUGUGUUGCCCCAAAUUGUCUUGAACAAAUUAAUCUUCUUUGUAAAAAUGUUGUUGGUCCUUAUAAUCCAUCAUCAGUACACUUUAGAAAUAUAAAGACUAUGACUCAAGAGACUCAGAAAAUUUGUAGUGAAUCCAGAAAAGAAAUUAGUCAGAAAUUUCCUAAUUACUGCGGUUUACCUGCUGAUAUAUCAUUGAGUGGAAAAAGUGAAAGUCCUACUCUUAUUCCAUCACAAUAA